UGAGGCGGUUGGGAAAAGGGGCGUGUCCUACCGCCUGAGUCCUGGCACCAGUCUGCUCUGCUCGCAGCGGAAGGUGGAGAGAUUCAGCUCAUCACACACUCUGUCUGUCUGACUGUCACACACUCGGCAAGAGAGAACCGGGACGCAUCCGAACGUAACAGGACUAUGGACCUGAGCCUGAGAGAUGCUCUGGGUGGGGGUGGAGGUGGGGUCCCAGGAGGGGCCCCCGCUGAGGCCCUGCUCAAGAGGGACUUCGUGGCUUCACUGGAGAAAGACAGCUACGACGACAAGGUGGGAGAGACGGUGUCCAAGAGCGACUACCGACCCUUACUGGACGGAAAGGACACCAAGAGCAGUCCGGGGAUGAUGUCAUCAAUGAUGUCAGGUGGACGCCAGGACCCGCCGGGACAACCUUCCUUUGGCUCCGACUACCUGUCUGGUCCUAUGAUGGGUGGGAUGACAGAUCAGUGGAGCCUGAACAAGACAAAGGACAGCAGCAGGCCUGACUCAUUUCUAGGCUUCUCCCAGUCUGGGAUGGGAGGCACCAUGGGGUCCAGCCUGCCUCCAUUCCAGACCAGCAUGAGCUCCACUCUGGGCCAGACUGGGAUGAGUCCAGCUAUGGACUCCCAGAAGAGUUCAGGACUGUUUGGUGUGGAAAACAAAACCACCACUAACACCAGUGGGAGCAGUCUGUUUAAAACCAGUGAUCCGUUUUCUACUGGGGGCCUGGGAAUCCACUCUAUGGAUCACUCUGCAGCUCCCGUCCUCUCUCCCAGCGGCUCAAUGGACGACAGCAGUCCCACUUCGUCCAACUCCGAACCCCUCAGCCCCGAGAGACUGGGGCCGGGGGGCGAGGCCGGCAAGCAGCAGCAGCGGCGGAGGAAGAAGAAGAGGAAGGGCCGCGACGAAGUCUACAACUUCUUGGAUAGCCAGGAGAAUAACAUCGGCCAGUCAGACAAGCAGGAUCAGAGCAAAAGGGAGGCGGAGGAGGACGAAGAUGAGGAGGAGAACUGGGAGUGGGAGAUCAGAGAGAGUGGAGGAGGGGGUAGAGUGAAAGGCAGGAAGACUAAGAGUCGAGCAAGACUUCCGGAGGAGUGGGGAGCUCCUCAGCAACCCAUCUCUCCCACACCUGCUACAGCCGCUACUGACCCCAAAGCUUCAAACCCCGCUUUGCCCUCUGCCCCUGAAAAAAUACCCAUAAGCUUCACCAACUGCUCCCAUGUUAGCCUCGCAACAGAUUCAUCUCCACGCUCCUAUGAGCCCAUGUGCGUAGAUGAUUUUCCUGUGUCCGUUAAAGACGGGCACAAGGCGAAUGAAGACAAAGUUCCAACCAGCAAACCUGAACCCAACAUUGGUUUAGCAUCUAGCGCUGCCGCCAAGAGUAGUAUAUCUGGAGAUGUUAGCGGCAGUCUAGCUCUGAUAACAGGUGACAACCUGAGCCCAGUCUCCCAGACCUUCUCUUUCCUCGAUUCAGUCCUCCAGACCCCUCCAGGCUCCGCUCCCGACUCGCAAACCACCACCCCGAUCACCAACACCCCUUCUCUCGCCACUGCUUCCCAGAUAAAGUCCACCCCGACUGAAACCAUUUCCGCACAAUCCUCAUCUGUUUUCAAGAGCACUCCAGACCUUCCUCCCACUUCCACUUUGUCCACCAACCCACCCUUAGCUGCUCCUGCACCGACACUCCCGCCAGCAGCUGCAGUCGGCUCAGGCCUCAACGUCGAUGCCAAGCCUUUCGUCCCCUCAGCCGCAUUCAUGUCCUCCACAGUCACUUCCAGUGCAGCUCCUGUUGUUAGCACAGCAGCGGCUUCCACCACCUCAGCUACGCCCUUUAGCUCCACAUCUGCUCCCUGUAAGACCGAAGCCACCCCCACAUCAUCAUCAGACGCUGGCCCCAAAAGUGUAGCCACGUCCUUUAGCUCACCCCCUCCCUCCAUCACCCAAGCAGUCCCUCCCUCUCUCCCUGCACACUCAGAGCACCAGGAGUCCUCAUCGCCACAGCUCCCCCCACUGGAAGUGAAAUCUGACAACAAAGACAAGCAGGAGAAGAUGGACAUCAUGUUCGGCAAGACAGACAAGAUUGACACCUUUGACAAGAAGGAAGAGCAGCAGAAGAAGGACAACGUUCCAGACAAGAACCAGAAGUCCGAGAAGAUCCUCAAAAACGAGGAAAAAAUGGAGAAAAUGAAUGCGGAGAAAAACAGCAAGACCGCUGAGAAGGCGGAGAAGGUGGACAAGCCGGAGAAGACCAACAAAGACGAGAAGAAGGAAGAGGAGAAGAAGCCGGUUGAGAAGAAGGACGAUAAAGGAGGGAAAAGCACGGCCAAGUCUCCGACAGGCAACGGCAGCAAGACCCUGCCGAGUCCCGACAGCAAGAGCAAGCCUGAUGUGGGUUCAACCAAACCAAACUCAGCCAAAUCGCGCCCAUCCACCCUCUCCACCAAUGGCGAGGCCAACUCGGCCAAACGCCCCUCCCCCACCACAGCCUCAGCCAAUAAAAAAAGCCCUGUACCCAAGGCAACCACGCCGACCGCUGCCAAGCGGCCGCCAACAGCAACUGGUUCCAACAAGGCUGCCAAGACUCCUGAAAAUGGUACAACUGAGAAGCGUCCAUCUGUGCCAAAGGCCACACCCACCCCACGCUCAACUGCCAAUAAGAAUGGCUCCUCUGCACCUGCUGGAAACAAAGCUGCAGCUAACAAGAAUGACAAGACUGAGAACAAGACUGGAGAGGCCAAGAAAUCCAAGACUGCAGCCCGUCCUCGCCCGGCCUCCACCGCCACUCCUGCCACUCCAGCUGCCUCCACUAACGGCGAGGCCACCACUCACCGCCGCCGGGUCAUCACCAAACCCCCCGUGCCCAAGCAGACCCCGCUGGAGAAGAAGCCGGCGGUUCCUCGCGCCCCCCGAACCCCCCGACCCAUCAACGCCCCGACACCGGACCUGAAGAACAUCCGCUCCAAGAUCGGAUCCAUCGACAACAUCAAGUACCAGCCUGGCGGAGGAAAGGUCUCCUCCACCCCGAACAACAAGACAUCAGACUCCUCCACCCCUGCCGCCAAGGCCAGAGUUCAGAUAGUGCACAAAAAGCUGGACUUCAGCCACGUCACCUCUCGCUGUGGCUCCAAGGACAAUAUCAAACAUGUCCCUGGAGGUGGCAAUGUGCAGAUCCUGAAUAAGAAGGUUGAUGUGAGCAAGGUGACAUCCAAAUGUGGCUCCAAGGACAACAUCAAACACAAACCAGGCGGUGGUGACGUGAAGAUUGAGUCGCAUAAGCUAAACAUUAAGGCCAAGUCUAAGAUUGGAUCCCUCGACAACGUAGGGCCAGGGAACGGACAGACCAACGGACACAAGGAGGAGAAAGCAGAGGAGAAAACAUCUUCACCCCCAAGUGGCGCUCAGACAACAGGACCAGCAAGUGUUGCUAAGGCAACGGCACCAGGCGGUGUUGCUAAGGAGAACGGCAUGAAGGAGCCCACACCUACUCCUUUUGGGGGAGAUGGACUGAGGGAGCCCCUUAGCAUAGACAAGCGCAUCACUGAGACAAACUGAGUCCCAGUGAAAUGCAGAUUUUGGUGGGACUCGCAUGGCACUCGCCGACCUGCCAAUCAACUGACCAACCAACCUACCACGGCGCAGUCACUUCCCUCUGGCCCCGCCCUUCAUCUCGCCCACCGCAGCACCGAACUGACCGAUCACCUCUCAGUGUUUCUCUGGGGUCUGCCUGCCAGCUUCUUGCUACAAACCCCCGACCUCCGACCUCUGGGUUGACUUCUGAUCCUGCCUACCACAGAGAAGACCACUUUCUGUUAGUCUGUGUGUCUCCGUGUGGGGUUCCACCAGCUUCUCGACUGAUAAAAUCCCCUCGUAAGCACUGAUUUAGACGACUUAAACCCCAAAUAUAACAACAACCCCCAACGCAAUAAACCCACCAUCACAGUCAGUGCUGUACUACAUAUAUUAAGCCACUAUUUUCGUAGAGUCUAAACACUUGCCUGAAGUCACAGUUCUGAGGCUGUUCUGGUCCCUCUCAUUUCAAAAAACCCUUUGAUUUCCCGACCUUGUUAGCACAUCUAUGCUAACGCUACUUUCUCCAUUCCCAGUCCAUCAGAUAACUACAGCACAGGUCUCAUUCUAGUUCAUCCUACAGCUCCAUCAACCAUUUUAUCUCACCACUUCUCUCGGUAUCUUUGCACCAGUUUGUCUAAUCGACAUUCACUGUAACAAAGCUUCUUUAUCUGUGGACGAUUGAUAUGAUACUCACGGUUAGCAGUGAUGGGUGCAGAGAGCGCAGAUGUAUUCUGGAGCAGAGCGGGUUUGAAUGGAGAUUUUAAAAUCAGCACAUGAAAUCAGUGCAGAAGCUUCGAGAAUGAAAGACAGUUCCUAAGUUCUGUUGGCUAAGUCAUGAUGAAAAGGCUUUAACGAAGCAAAUGAGUUUCAGUGCAGUCUGAAACCUCUUUUAAUGAUGCGGUUAAUGCGUGAUCAUCAUCAGUGCAGGAUGAGGAGGGAUACGAGAGCACUGCUGCUCCUCUGGCUCAGAAAGAUUUGGCAUUGACCGGAUGUAUUUGAUCUUGGAGCCAAAUAUGUUUUUCAAAAUUAGGACCACUCUGACCUUGAAGAGGUGAAUGGAGGAAUGAUCUUAAACUGGGGUGUUUUACCCUUUAUGAAGACUAGAGAAUCUAGAGGUGAAACCACCAGCUGCUGCACCUUUUAGCCACAGAACAUGAAAGGAUUGAUGCACUGGACAUUGUUUGUAGCACAUAUUGCAGACAGUGUCAACCACUGGGCUGCUUUAGGAAAGAUUCGGUCACUUCAGCACAUUCAAAAGCAGCAUUUCAGGAAAUAAAUCCGUGGAACUGUCAGGAUCUGUGGAUCGCUUGUAGAGGCAAACCAGACGAAUGGUUAACAUCAAGAUCAAGCAGCGUUACUCAUUUAAAGCCCGAAUAGCAAGCUGUCUUGACAUUACUGGCCACUGAAGGAACAGAGGAAGCUAUCAUGCAACCCAAAACUGUUUCACAACAGAGAGAGGAGGUGGGAAUCAGAGGUAGAAUUGGCCAGUUUUGAAUCAACUGUGAACUAAUUGUCUAGAGAUCAACUGUGUUAGCAGGCCUGCAGGCUCAGAGCGCUUGUUCUCCCCUCCUCUGGAAGUGAUUGAAAUUAUGUACAAUCAAAAGAGCAGCAGAAUAAAUGGCACAGUAUAGAGAUACUGAAGUUUGGAGUGCUGUUGUGAUGAUUGGCACUAGCAUGCUUUCUGCCUGCUCUGGUAUUCAAUCAUUGGAACAUUUGUUCCCACAUUACUGCAUACACAGGUCUGAGUAUUACCCUCCCUUGGGAAUGAGUGUGAUCCUGAACGCACCAUAAAUAGUCAUUCUACUUAGUGCUCACAUUCUGCAGAGGAAGCUGUGAACUUGCAGUCUUUGAAAGUACAAAAAACUACCAAAAAAGCAACAACUCUUUCAAUAUAACACAACCCUCAAUCUUCUUCUGCAACUAAGCUCACGUACAUGUUUGUGUGACCUCAGUCUUCUGUUAGACUAUUUCUGCCACCACAGCUCACCAUAUCCUUCACCUACACCUGCACCAACCUGUGAGGGACCCCAGCAGUCACCCUGUGAGCUGCAUUCUCCAGUUCGUGUGCGGUUACCACAGACAGUCAGACAAGCACUUGCCUUCUUUUUGCGCACAUGUGGCACUUCCUGGUCAUGUGGUUCACCCUCAGUGGAGAGGUGCUCAGUCGUCCUUCUAGCCGGUGUGUCGUAGAACCCGCUCUGUGAAUCCUGCUAACUUUCUUCACACACACACACACACACACACACACACACACACACACACACACACACACACACACACACACACACACAUAUAAACACAC